AUGGCAAAUAGCAUGCAACAGAUGCUUUGCCGCAUGGGCUUCAAUGAUCGAUUUAUUCGGUGGAUUAUGAUGUGUGUACCAUCUGUGAAAUAUUUUGUGGUGAAUAACAACAACAAAGUGGGCCCAAUCACAGCGAGUCGAGGCCUAAGGCAAGGAGACCCUUUAUCUCCCUAUAUCUUCAUCCUCUGUGCAGAAGGCUUCUCAGCUAUACUAAGGAGGGGGGAGAGAUUAGGGCGACUACAUGGUUGUCGCAUAUCAAGAUCUCACUUGUUCUUUGCAGAUGAUAGCUUACUUUUCUUUCGUGCAAAUCAGCAGGAGGGGAAUGUGGUGAAAGGGUGCAUUAUAGAAUAUGAAGAAGCAUUAGGUCAGUUGAUAAAUUAUAAUAAAUCAGAGGCUUUUUUCAGCUCCAAUACUGCCACCAAUGCUAUGACUGAGGUAUGCGAGUUACUAGGUGUUAAUUUGUCAAAUGGACGCGACAACAUUUGUGAUGACCUUGGAAAAAUGCUAAAUGGUUACUGGUGGGGAGAUACAGAAAAUAGGAAGAAAAUCCAUUCGGCAGCUUGGGAUAAACUCUGUGUUCCAAAAUAUAAAGGAGGUAUGGGUUUCCGGAAAUUAAAAGAAUUUAAUAUCUCGACGUUGGGAAAACAUCUACGGAGAUUGAUUGAGAAUCCCGACUCAUUACUUGGACGGGUUCUUAAAGCUCGAUGCUUUCCUCGACAUGGGAUUCUUGAUGCUGGAAAGGUUGGCAAUCAAAGUUCGUUCUGGAGUGGGUUAGUGGCAGCCAAAGAUCGUCUGAAGACAGACUUUAGGCAACACAUUGGUGAUGGAAGAGAAACACUCAUUUAUGGAAAUUGGUGGCCAAGUGUCGAUAAACUCCAUCCAAUCUCGUGUAGAGAUGAUCGAUUUUGUGAUGCUACGGUGUUAGAGUUGUUCUUUGAGGGGGCACAUGUAUGGAAUGAAGCGGUUGUAAGAGCUGUGUUUAAUGAAAAAGAAGCUGAGCAGCUGUUGAGCAUCCGGCUGGCCCGGAGCUCUAGAGAAGGUGCAUUAUUUUGGUAUCCGGAGAGAAAGGCUCUUUCUCUGUACGCUCAGCAUAUAAGUUUUUGUGUGAAGGCUCCUUUGAUGUGUCGACAAACUCGAUGGGAUGGGUGGGAUAAUGCCCCAAAUGCCCGGGAUGAGUGCCGCGAUGAUGGGGAUGAUGCCCUAAAUGCCCGGGAUGAUGCAGGGCAUGCCUGCCGCUGCGGAGGGGGAGGGGGGAGCAGGCAGGGGUCCCCCAAAUUACCUGGGGACAAUGUCUAUCACCCCUACAUGGAUUUAUUGUCUAGUGAUUCCCCACAGAGUACUCCUCUAGAGACUCAGUUCCCCGACAUUGAGACUUUCUCUUUUGAGGAGUUGGGGCUAUCUCCGGUCAGGGUCUCCUACUGA